GGCCUCUGGUGGAGCCCCAUCAGCUGGCCAUCGGGACACAAAACCACACUAGUACACAACAACACUUCGCAUUGUGCGGUUGCGGCCUCCCUGCCUAAUCUCCUGACUGACGAGCUAGCUAGCUGUAGGAGUUGCUGCUAUCCGUGGAGAAACAAUGUGCGGCGGAGCCAUAAUCGCCGACUUCGUCCCCGCCGGCGCCCGCCGCCCGGCGACAUCCUCCACCGACGACACCACCUCCGCCUCCGUCCUCUCCGGCGACGAGGAGCUGGUCAAGGCGGCGAGGCUGCCGGCGCCGGGGCGCAAGACGGCGUACCGCGGGAUCCGGCGCCGGCCCUGGGGCCGCUGGGCGGCGGAGAUCCGCGACCCGCGCAAGGGCGCCCGCGUCUGGCUCGGCACCUACACCACCCCGGAGGACGCCGCGCGCGCCUACGACGUCGCGGCGCGCGAGAUCCGCGGCGCCAAGGCCAAGCUCAACUUCCCGCCCGCCGUCGGCCCGGGCGGCGCGCCAUCCGCGGCCAAGAAGCGCCGGAAGGUCCCGGCGGCAGAGGAGAGCUCCGGGUCGUCGUCUCCGGCGGCCGCCGUCGUGGGUGCGGCGGUGGCGGACGGCGGAGGCGGAGCGGAGACGCUGCGGGACUGCAUGUGCGGGCUCGAGGCGUUCCUGGGCCUAGAGCACGCCGGGGCGGAGGAGGGCGACGACGUGGAGGCCUGGGACGCCGUCGACCUCAUGUUCGCCUAGGAUAGUAAGAUUGUUUAGCUUGUCGGUAAAUAAACCAGAGAGUGAUUAGGAGCAGGCUCCGCUAGUUGCUGCUGCCUGCUGGGCAUAGCUGCCUCUGCCUGGCUAGAGAAGUACUUACUAGAGAUAGUACCAGACUACCAGUAAUGUACGAGCAUCUUGUAACGCUUGAUGACUGAGGCGAGUGAUCUUGUGUAUGCUCACGCUGGGUCACCACGUGGAUGAGUGACCCAUUGUCAUCGAGGAGCAACGUUGUUGGUGACCUUGUAUGACGCGUUACAUGAAUCAUGAAUGUUGUUAGCUCAGGCGAAA